AUGUCGGAUUUCGAGGAAUUUGAGAAGCAGCUGAGCGAGAAUCGACAAGAGCGAGAAAGAGAGAGACACAAAAAGAGGAGUCGCAGUGGAUCUGCAGGCCGAGGAGACAAACAUCGCAGCUGGAGCAAAGACAGAGGGAGCCGCAGCCGAGAGAAACGUAGCCGGAGCAGAGACAGGAAGAGCCGGGACCGCCGGAGCUCCUCCCGGGAUCACAAGAAGCACAGUCACUCUCCGAGGCGAACAAGAAAGAAAAGGACCUGCAAAUACUGGGAUGUGCCUCCUCCUGGCUUUGAACACAUCACACCAAUGCAAUAUAAAGCUAUGCAAGCGGCCGGGCAAAUACCAACAAUAGCUCUGCUGGCAACAUCCACCACGACUGGAGUGGCUGCAGCACCGACACAAGUGCCCAUAGUUGGCAGUCAGAUGACAAGACAAGCCAGACGCCUCUAUGUUGGAAAUAUUCCCUUUGGAGUGACUGAGGAGUCCAUGGCCGAGUUUUUUAAUGCUCAGAUGCGGCUUGCAGGCCUUUCACAAGCUCCAAGUAACCCUGUACUUGCUGUGCAGAUUAAUCAGGAUAAAAACUUUGCUUUCCUAGAGUUUCGGUCUGUAGAUGAGACGACGCAGGCCAUGGCCUUCGAUGGAAUCAUUUUCCAGGGUCAGUCGCUGAAGAUUAGAAGACCUCAUGACUACCGACCUCUGCCCGGUAUCUCAGAGCAGCCAGCUUUCCACGUCCCAGGUGUCGUCUCCACCGUCGUUCCGGAUUCCCCCCAUAAACUGUUCAUAGGAGGCCUGCCAAACUAUCUUAAUGAUGACCAGGUGAAGGAGCUCUUGACAUCGUUCGGGCCGCUCAAAGCGUUCAAUCUAGUGAAGGACAGUGCCACGUCACUGUCAAAAGGUUACGCCUUUUGUGAAUAUGUCGACAUCAGCGCCACUGAUCAGGCUGUCGCUGGGCUCAAUGGAAUGCAACUGGGAGACAAAAAGCUGAUCGUCCAGAGGGCGAGCGUGGGAGCUAAAAACGCCAAUCCUACCUCCAUCAUAGAGACCCCAGUGACGCUGCAGGUCCCUGGGCUUCAGAGGCUGCAGAACUCUGGCAUGCCCACGGAGGUGCUGUGCCUUCUCAACAUGGUGAUGCCUGAGGAGCUGGUGGACGACGAAGACUACGAGGAGAUCCUGGAAGACAUCCGUGAGGAGUGCUGCAAGUACGGCAGUGUCCGCUCCAUCGAGAUCCCCCGGCCCGUCGACGGUGUGGAAGUCCCCGGCUGUGGAAAGAUCUUUGUGGAGUAUGUGUCUGCUGCAGACUGUCAGAAAGCCAUGCAAGCCCUCACCGGCCGCAAGUUUGCCAACAGAGUGGUGGUCACAAAAUACUACGAUCCGGACAUGUAUCACAGACACGAGUUUUAA